AGCGAAGAGGAUGUGCAGGGCAGGGUAUCGAUGUACGUGCGCAUCGUCGACGAGAUGCUGUCGACGGUAUUGCAGAGCGACUCGUAUCUCUUCACGUCACCAGAGCUAUACAUCUUGCAAUACUUCAAGGAUCUCGAAUAUGGACCCAAAUACCUCUUGUCCCGGUUGCUCUUGCGCAAAACGAACAAGAUCUUUAGCGUCAAGGAGCUUAUCGCACGCUACUCGACCGAACUCGGCGAAUCCUACAUCCCUGGCUAUAUGGACGUCUUGAUCGAAAUCUUGCAAGUACCCGGGCUUCUUACGCCGAAUGAUGUCUUGGCAUGUGAGCCGGUAUCGUCGGCUCCACCAGAGCUGGUCUCGAAAGACGUGGGGGACCCGACUAGCUAUCAACAGCCUGUGACACGGACGCCAUCUCCUGCAAAGCGAAAAGAUAGCCAAUUGACGGUCGCACCGGAGCCUAUCGAACUCUCCUCCGACUCGGAUGACGAUUGCCAAAGCCUGUCCCUCCGGACUGGACCUUCAUCACGCCUGACCGGAACCUCUGGGUCGGCUGCCAAAGCGUCCAGACCCAAACCCAGUAAGACUACACCUGCCAAGGUGCAUCCCAUAAGCGAGAUGAUCUCGGUCUUGCUAGCUUCAGCUAACAAGCAAAGCCGACUACCCUUUGCGAUUGUGUCCGAAAAGAAGAAGGCCGGAGCAGGCGGUCCGACAAGCAGUCAACAGACCACCUUGUUAUUCUCUGCCAGUCCAUCUGCAUCGCAAAAGACACCCAUAAGGAGGAACAGUAAUCAUGCAGGCAGGACACUUUUAUAUGACAAAAUCGUCGAUGCAUACGGUGGCAGGGCUGUCCAGAUAGCCUUGCCCUUCCGGUCGCUGAUUCACCGAUUGAACCUGGUCUACUAUCGAUCCACCAUCACGCCAUCUACUGGUAUCGCCAAAUCGCUCAUGUUGCCAGAAAUCCUUACGUCUUCUUCCAAGAGGACGUAUCCAGACGUUAUGGCCACGCGCAGCAGGGUGUGGCCAAGUCGAGAAGCUCUUUUAGAAUACGAGUCUGCAUUGGAAAUGGAAGCAAUGGUUGACGAAGCUUUAGGAGAGCAGAACCACUCCACCGGUAAUUGGGUUGGCCAAAGCGGUUAUGGAUUUGGGAUCAAGGGUGGAAGGCUCGAAGGAGCCAGGCGGGUCAAGAGGGCUUGGUUGAACGUACACCAGACAUGGUUGACUGCCGUUGGUGCUGCUCAGUCCGAAGAAGGACGAAGUCAAUCAGGCUCUAGGCAUGUGCUUGAUCGUUUCGAACUCGGCCAUAUCUUGACCAGAGUUGUCUCGAAGGGUUCUACAGCCCUGGGCAUCCUGCACGAGUACGACCAAGAAUGUGAAACCUUGCGAGCCUUGCUGGCACAGAGAGUCUGGAGGCGAGGAAAACGUGGCGCAUGGUACGAUCGGCUUGCUCUUGUCCUGAUGAAUCAUUAUGGGGGUGACGAGGAGAAAAAGCGAGAAGCGGUGGAAGUUUGUCUCGAUGGACUGGAAGACGCUGAUACUCAUCUCAUCUAUCGACCACGACUCUCGCGACGGCUGAAGCGACUAGAGAAACAGCUUGAAUUGUCCAAGGAAGAGCGUCACAUUUGUGAAGCUGAUCUGGGACAACCGGAGAAGAGAUUCCUAAAAGCGCACCGGAUCAGAACACCGGCUCGAGAGGCCUCCAGUAUCCGAUCGUUUUUCGCCAGCAAACGCGACGAAGCUGGAAAUGCAAGCGGGGAUGAGCAGGAUCAUGGAGCAGAUACAAGGAUAGCUCGCGAUGAAGCCAGAAGCUCCAAGACGACAUGGCUUGGACGAGAGGGGGGUACAAGUGUGGAAGGUUGGGUUCUCGAGUGGUGGGCACAAGAAGGCUGGCAAGGCUUCCAUGCAGAAGCAUCUAUCCUUACAACUCUCUUCACACUGCUUUUCUGGCCUUUGCUAUAUCUACCGCUGCCGGGUGCUUUUGAGACGCCAUACCAAUUGGCCCCGCUCGAUCUCGGCUCUGACUCGUUCUAUACCUCACGAGCUGAAGCAAUCGAAACUCGGCUGUCAGAGAUGCAGAAAACAUCGAAGUGUCUCCAGAUGCUGGCCGAAACAGAUGACCGAGAACGAACGAAAGGCACUCUCGCGGUAGGUGUCAGCUGGGAGUUUGGGAAGAAGGAGCUUGAAGAAAUCGUUCAAUGCUUGGGAGGUAAAGCGUUGAGCGUACUCUGUCGGAUGUUCUGUGAAGAAUAUGGCCACAGAGCUAGUGGUGUUCCAGACCUCAUCGUUUGGAAUUUGGCGGAGAAGCGGGCGCGCUUUGUCGAGGUCAAGUCACCGAACGAUUCCCUCUCGGAAACUCAAAAGGUUUGGAUCAACGUCCUCCAAACGGCUGGAGUCGAGGUAGAGGUCUGCCAUGUGGUUGAAGCUUCUACCACUGAGAAGGGAUCCCUGAAGGGUAUCAAUAAACGUACAAUUGAGGACGGGGGAUCAGGCUUGCCCUCGAAACGUCGCAAGACCCCGAAGUCGCACGACUAUGGUGAACUGGACGGCACAGAUGUUGACGAGGAGGAUGACGGAGGUAUGGAGAUAGAAGAGUGGAGAUAUGAAAGCGGCGACGAGGCUGCCAGUAAGGCAGGCAAGACCGAUGGGGUCCUCUUGACUCGGGCACAAGCGCAAGCUCUGGAUAACGGACCUGAAGACCUCAGCUGGAGCGGAUCAGACUUCGAAGCUGAGCAAUCGAACAAGGAGAACAGGCUGGGGACUAGUUUUCGCAAAGGAACUCCCUUGGUCCAGCCGCAAGGGAGUUCCAAGAAGAAGAGAGUUGGUCCGACCAAGAGUGGUAACUCGGCCAACAUAGGUUCCAGUGCUCGCACGGAGUCGGGCUCUGCAAUCCUAUGUCGAUAAUGGACUUAAUCACGACGUUGUCUUGACGAUCUUUAACGACACUUAUGAUAUGGCCAUAAUAAUUGGAUGAU